GACAUUGAGGCGAAAGGUACCUUUGGCCAGGCGAUACUUAUGCAGGCUGCGGAACACGGGCACGAGGCCAUCGUGAGGCUAUUGCUUGAAAAGGGAGCCGAUGUCGAGGCGAAAGAUGUAUUUAAUAGGACGCCACUUUCGUGGGCUGCUAAGAAUGGGAGCGAGGUCAUUGUGAGGCUGUUGCUUGAGAAGGGCGCUGACGUCGAGGUGAAAGAUACGUUUAACAAGACGCCA